GGACAGCAAAGUUGUGAUCCAUGGCACUGCUUUGACAAAGGGCUGGAAUCCUUUUCCAGCUUUUUCUGUCGAGAUCAGUAGCUGAUCCGUUGUUUGUCGCCAUGUCCAUUUGCAAGCGCGGUGUGGAUGAGAAGUGCUUCGUGCCGCAACCCAGUUUUUCCGAAGCCUCUCGAUGCCUCUCUGCAAACUCCAGGCAGUUUCCCAUGUAUGUGAUACAUGCAGAGAAUCUGUUGCAGAUGGAGAGGAUGAAACCACAUCAAGAACUCCUGGCCGAUGGUCUAUUGGAAGAGCAUGAUAUGUCCAGUCAGACCACUUCGGUGACCUUCGUCUCUCACGAAUGGUCCAGUGUUGCCCAUCCGGAUCCGCACGGUGUUCAGCUGUUGGCCUUGAAGGACAUGAUUGUGGGCCUUCGCGAUGGAAGUUGCGAGCUGCAUUAUGACAUGGUCAAUUUUUUUCGGCCACAGAUGUGUCGACCUGUGAACAUUAAGGAGCUCAAGGCACUUUGCAGGGGCUACUUCUGGAUCGACUACCUCAGCAUCCCUCAGGUUUGCUGCUGUUCAGAGGCGGAAGAACGACAGGUCCAAGCGGAUAUGCGUGCGGCAGUGAUGAGUCUGCACACCUACGUGGCGCACUGCUCCUUCUUUGUGAUCUUGGCGCCCAUCCACUACCACGAGUCUGGACGGCUCAUGAGUCGCUGUUCCUGGAAGAGUCGUGGAUGGUGCCAAUUCGAAUUGGCGGUGAAUGGCUUGCUGGGAAGCGGCACCAAACCCACUUUGCACGUGGAUGGCAGGGCCCUUUGGCAUGUCAACUAUUUCAGCUUUUGGCAACUGUCGCCCUGCUGUGGGGACUUCACCAAGGAUGAAGAUCGAUACUUCAUCGCAGAUGCUCUUCACCAAGUGAUGGAACACAUGGAAGCAUCCUUGAGAAGCUCCGACAACGUGCAUCGGAUCCUUUUGCUUCAGAAUGUUCGAAAAGAACUUCUGAAGUGUAAUGGCUUGAUGUUAAGCGGAUCUGCUCGAUCCGCUCACAAGCACUUGAAGGAGAAGCUUCCCAGCGGCGGAGAAUUUUGGACCAGUUUGCACUACGCCGCUGCGCUGGAUGACGUCGAGUUGGUGCGAACUUUGCUCAAGGCCAACGCAGAUGUCAAGGCAAGAACAAAGGUUAAGGAUGUGGAUUUCUUCCUCCCAAGCGGGCAAACUCCGCUCCACGUUUGGGCCGCCUUUUCUGGUGAUGUCUCAGUGGCAAAAUGCCUACUGCAGCAUCGCGCACAGGUGGAUGAAGAAGAUUCGGAUGGCAUUACUCCGCUGAUGAUCAGCUGCCAAAUGGGCAAUCAGCAAAGUUGCAGGACCUUGUUAAGAAUGGAGGCCGAUCCCAACGUGCGGGACCAAUAUUCCAUGACGCCCAUCUUCGUCGCCGUGGGCUGCGAUCAUCCGGAAAUCAUCCAUCCACUGCUGGACUAUGAAGCGGAUCCCCACGUAAAAUGGGCCGGGGUUGGCUUGCUGCACUGUGCAGCUGGCCAUUGCACCGCUUUGCCCUGGGAUUGCGUGCAGCGGCUUUUGAAGGAGGGCCUGGAG